CACUGAGCUGAGGUGGAGCAGCAGCAGCAGCAGCAGGAGCCGCCACCACGGAGACGGGAGCUGUCGUUGUUUUUGUCCGUUUGAUAGCAACUUUUCUCCACGAUGUCGGCAUAUGACAGUAACCCUUUCGCGGACCCGGUGGACGUGAACCCCUUCCAGGAUGCCUCAGUCACACAAGCCACCAGCGGAGGCAAUGAAAACGUAGGAGAGUUCAACCCCUUCUCUGCCCCUGACAUGGGACACCACUCUGGCACAACUAUCCCCAUCUCUGCAGUCUCUUCUCAACCAGCGAUACUACAGACCUCUGUGGAGCACAGUGCAAAGGCAACUGCAACUGCUGCCCAAGCUGACCUGCUCAAACAGCAGGAGGAGCUGGAGCGGAAAGCAGCCGAGCUGGACCGUAAAGAGCAGGAGCUAAAGAACAGGACGGCAGGCAGAGCAAACAAUGGAACAAAAGAGAACAACUGGCCGCCUCUACCCAGUUUCUCCCCUGUAAAGCCCUGCUUCUACCAGGACUUUGAAGAGGAAAUCCCAGAGGAUUACCGCAGGAUCUGCAAGAGAAUGUACUAUCUCUGGAUGUUCCACUGUGCCACCCUCUUCCUCAACGUGCUGGCCUGCCUGGCUUACUUCACUGUAGACAGUCAAAAUGGUGUGGACUUUGGUCUGUCUAUCCUCUGGUUCAUCCUCUUCACUCCUGUGUCGUUUGUCUGCUGGUACAGGCCGGUCUACAAAGCCUUCAGGUCUGACAGCUCCUUUAGCUUCUUUUUCUUCUUCUUUGUCUUCUUUUUCCAAACGGCAGUGUACAUUAUCCAAACUGUGGGGAUCCCCAGGUGGGGAAACAGUGGAUGGAUCACAGCAAUCAGCAUGAUCGGCUCCAAUUUGGCCGUGGCUGUGGUUAUGAUGGUGGUCGCUGGGUUUUUCACCGUAAACGCCGUAUUGGGUGUCAUCCUUCUGAAAAUGGUCCACUCUAAAUACAGAAGGACAGGUGCCAGCUUUACCAAGGCCCAGCAGGAGUUCUCCCAGGGAGUCCUGACCAACCGAUCCUUCCAGUCUGCUGCAGCCGGUGCUGCACAGGGAGCGUUUGGCAGGAGCUAGGAAAACUGGACUGUUUUCCUCAGGAGAGUCUCAUCUUUCUGUAUGUCACUAAAAGAAUGUAUCAAACAAGCCAUGUCCUAACAUUCUUCUGAGGAGUUUUAGCUUAGGGUUUGAUAAUUUGAUGAAAAUACUAAUAAGGGUGUCCCCUUUUUCCAAUUAGAAAUAAUAAUAAAAAUCCCCCCCUGAAGAUUUCUAAAUAAUUACAAAAAUACUGCUGCUGCCUUUAUAUGACAUUAUGCCUAGGUGAUCUUGCACCAAUCCGCUCCCUUCUGCGACCCAGUUUUUUGAAUUGUUUGUCUUGUCACACUGCUGAAAUUCCAGGGGAUUGUUUUUAGCAGUAGAUCCAGUUCUGAGAUUUUUUGUGGGCACUACUUAACAUUUUCAGUCCUACAUCCACCUGCUGCUGUUGUAUUUCCUCCUUGCCUUUGUCAGUCUUGAAGUAAAAUAUAUCCCUUACCGUGCAAAGUGAGGAAAUGUCGCUGGGCGACACUUGAUUCUGAGAAACAGAGAGAGCUGCAAGGAGCUGAUAGGUUUAAUCAGCUUCGUGUGAACUAAUUCGCCAGUGACUUGAAUGUAACCGACAUUUGAUCAUAUUUAAAAGUUAUGCACUACGGUUUUAGAGACAAAAAAUAUAUGAGAAAAGAAUGAGGUCUCGUGUAAUGUUAUUUAAAUCUCAACUACCCUACGUUUUAGACAGCAUGUUGUAAGUUGAUGCUGUCUUAAAACUUCAAUUCAAAGUGAAGGUGAAAGGAAAAUGAUGACGGUGAAGAGGAGGCAUAGUGGCCGUGAUAUCAUUUGAUUGUCAGCACCUCAUCACUACAUAAUCUAUUUAACAUGGCGGACUAAUUAUGUAUAAAUAAGAGUAUUUGUUUUUACACCAUAGAACAAGGCUGGAGUUUAGUGAGAGUUUAGUUUAAUUUUUAAGAUACUGGGGAUUUUUUUCCUUUUUUUCCCCAGGUGAAAUUAAAAUGACCCAUCACGUGAACACCCUAAUAUGGGAUUUUGAUAGUUUAAAAAGUGUAUUAGACAUGAGAAUGUUUUCCCAUCAUUGAAUGAUGGUUCCUCAUAAUGUAUGUAUACAUAUUGUCAGCACAACAGCAUCUAGAUACUUAAAGGGUAGCCAUGUUGUGUACACUGUAUUCUACGAAAUGAAACCGAUAACUUAGUCAUUACUCUUUACAGGAUGCUUCUAAAAUGUUACUAAUCACACAACUUUCUCACAAAAUGUUCUAUUUUCAGGUGUAUAAAGUUGAUACGCUUGUGAUUAAUAAUGAAGGUGAUGGGAUGAAGGGUUUUUUUGUACUGUUACUGUAACUUAUUGAAGUUAGACAAAGAGCUCUUCUGAGCAUACAUGAUGAAGUAGUUUAACUGGUUUGUUACAUUUGACUUGAUGUUAGAAACAACAUUACCUUUUUCGAGGUGUGGAGUUUUGCUGCACUUUCAUUAAAAGGCAUGUUACACCUUUAUUCAUGCUAAGUUACUGAAAGAUUUUUAAUGUAGAAUUAUUUCCAAAAAACCCAUAAAUGAGCUAAAAGAAUACAAAAUGAUUAUCUUGACUUGGAUGCAAUCUCAAAAGUCAUAGAUGGGCUGUCUGUUAUUCUUACAGCGAAUCACUUAGUUUAGCUUUAACCUCAGGGCCUUGACACUAAUGUAAUCCACCAAUUUUUGUGUGGGGAUUUGAACACAAGGCUGUUGGUUAUUUGUGUUUUUAUCAGCUUUUUAUUUUAUUGUAAUGUUUUCCUUAUGGUCAUGUUGUGUAAUAAGGUGUUGUACAUAUUGGUGUCUUAUUUAAAACUUAUUUUCAAGAGUGGUAUUUGGUAAAAAUGGUGUCUCAGUCAAAUUAAAUAAAUUGGGUUUUUUCCUCUC